CCGGCCCCGGGGGCACCGCCCCCUGCCCGGUAACAGGGCCGCCCAUCGCGGCUUUACGGCCUGUCGCAAACUCCUCCGCCCAUUGCGGCGGCCGCCGCGCAGCCGUAAAGCGGAGCCGCCCGCGCCCCCCGCCCGGCUGCAGCGCGGCCCCCCGGCACCAUGGCGCAGGUGGGGCACCGCGUGGAUUACCUGGCCGGCUUCUGCUGCCCGGUGGGGGGGCUGGUGGCGGGCAAGCCCCGCGUGCUGUGCCACGAGAACCAGAUCUACCUCUCCAACGGCAGCGAGUUCGUCUACGUCUACGACCAGGAGGGGAAGGUGCUGAAGGCCGUGUACCAGUGCCCUGAGCAGGUGUGGCACGUGGAGCUGCUGCCCCAGCCCCGGCAGCUUUACAUCCUCUGCGCCCACAGCGGCAUUUACUGCGUCUCUCUGGAGCAGCAGAGCAGGUUAACGGAGCAGACAGAUGGCGACGGCCAAGAAACCAACUGCCCGUCCGGCGUCUUGCCCGUGGAGGCAGACGCCUGCGUCUUCCCCGACUCCAGCCUCUGCAUGUUCACGCUCCUCAACAGCUUCGUCAUCACCCUGUCCCAGGCUGACGGCAAGUGGUGGAUGAAGCUGCACGAGCUCCCGCGCCCCGAGCAGGAGGGUUCCCCGUACCGGCAGGUCAGCGAGGUCGGUUUCUGCCCCGGCCCCAUGCCCGGGGACCAGGGGGACGCCCCCCCCUCCAGCUUCCUGCCCGUCCUGUGCUGCGCGUCCUCCCCGGGCACCGCGGGCUCUGGGGAGGGGCCGUGGUGCUCGGGGGGCUUCGUGCUGGAGGAGCCCCUCUUCAGCCUGCUCUUCGGAAUCGACGCGGCCAUGCUGGAGUCCCCGAUGAUCCUCUGCGGCUUCCCGGACGGACAGCUCUGCUCCGUGCCGCUCAAGGCACUCAGCUCUUCCCCGGCUGUUGACGGCUGCCAUGAUAUUUCGAACCAAGACUCCCCCGUGAAGAUCCUCCACCAUUUGGAAGAGCCCAUCGUCUUCAUUGGUGCCUUGAGGACGGAGCAGAGGGCGGUGGAGGACGCCGAGGACGAGCAGCUCUUUGGAGAGGCUGGCUGUGACUGCGUGGUGGCCGUGGGCCACUAUGGGAAGAUGGUGGCUGUCAAGGCGGAUCAGCGGGACGAGGCGACGGUGCCGGAGCUCAGGGAGUACUACCUGCGCGGGCCCGUUCUCUGCGCCGCCUGCGGCAGCGGCAGCCGCAUGUACUACAGCACGCACUCGGACAUCUCCGCCGUCGACCUGGACCGGGGCGGCGAUUCCUCCGACCCCGAGGACGCGGAGAGCUGCACCGGCGUCCUGCCCCCCGUCCUGUCUCCGGCCAGUUUAAGUAUCUGUAGCGUUGUGGCUCUUUCCUUGUCGUCUCGGGCGUCAGAAGGUGAAUCGGAGCUGCUGGCCCUGUCGGCCAAGGGCCGGCUCAUGAGCUGCGGCUUGUGCAGCCCCGAGGACCCCGACGCGGGGCUGACCCCUGCCGAGGUCGGUCGCAGGAUUAAGCAGCUGCUCUCCGGCAUCGGCAACACCUCCGAGAGAGUUUCCUUCCUGAAGAAGGCGGUGGACCAGAAGAACCGGGCGCUGGCCAGCCUGAACCAGGUGAUGAAUGUGAGCGCGGCUCUGCUCUCCAGCCAGGAAGGGCAGAAGCCCAUCGCCUGCACCGUCACCGCCAACUGGAGCUGCCUUCUGCUCCGCGACAGCGUCACCAUCUCCUGCCUGCUGGAGAACUGCAGCGAGUACAGCCUGGAGCAGGGCUGGACCCUCUGCGUGCAGCUCCUGGCCAGCCCCUGUGCCUUAGAGGAGGACUCUGUGGAUUCGGCCACCACCUUCACCUUCCCCAUCGACCAGCUCCUCCCCGGGAACAAGCGGGAGCUGACGCUGCCCCUCGGCUCCGCUGCUGCCACCAAGCUGGACCUGCCCCUGACCAUCUCCUGUGCCCUCUACUAUAGUUUGCGGGAUAUUUUGGGCAGUGGCUCCGACUCCCCCGAGGCGCUGGACGAUCUCCUGCCGGACGAUUCGCCCAUCCUCUCCCCGGACAGAGAGGGGAUCUGCCUCCCGCUCAGCGAAUGCACCAUUGACAUGCUCCAGUGCCUCCGUUUCGAGAGCAGUCCCCCUGGGCUGGAUGCGUCCCCACCAGCCGCUGCUUCUCCUGCUCCCCCAGACCCUGUGGAGACCUUCCUGGAGGUGUCCCGGGAACAGACUGAGCCCGAGGGGGUGAAAACCGUGGAGCUGCCCCCCACCCCGGGAGAGGGAAAGCUGCCCCCCUCGGCAGCGUCCAUCAGGGUGUCCUCGGAGCUGCUGAAAAACGCCCUGAAAACCUCCAGCUCAGAUGUCCCGCUGAGCUGUGCCACGCUGCGCUGGCUGCUGGCCGAGAACGCCGGGGCCGAGGCGCUGAGCAGCGGGGAGGUGGCGUCGGUGCGCGGUGCGGCGCCGGACGGAGCGGAGGUGCAGCUGCUCGUCCGAGAGGUGGCCAUGAACGACCUGAGCCCAGCGGGUCCCAUCCAGGCCGUGGAGAUCCUGAUGGAGAGCCCGUCCCUGGCCGACAUGUGCAGGAUGCACCACGCUGUCAUCCGCCGCAUCCAGGCGCUGGUGCUGGAGCAGGCGGCACAGGGCUCGGGGCCCCCUGACCUCCGCAUGCAGUACCUGCGCCAGAUCCAGGCCAACCACGAGAUGCUGCUGAAGGAGGCGCAGACCCUGCGGGAUCAGCCGUCCCUCGGCGAGGACGGGACCGCCACGGCGGAGAAGCUGCUGCACAUCUACCAGCAGCUGCGCAACCCCAGCCUGGUUCUGCUCUGAGGGGGGGGCAGCGCGUCCCGGGGGUCCCAGCCCCGCCGGCCGGGGUGGGUGCCUGUGGCCAGCACCGGGAGAGCCCCCCGGCUGGAGGAGCAGCGGGGCGGCCGUGGCGGUGCUGCGGGUGGGGGGUGUGUGCGUGUUUCGUGGUCGUGUUGUCGGCAGCAGCAGAGGGUCGCAGGGCUGCGGCGGCAGAGCGGGGACCCCUGGGCUGGCCCGGCCCGGCUCUGCGGCCCCCGGCCCGGCGGGCAGCCCCCGCGCCCGCGCUGUCUUGUGGAUUGUUCUUGCCGUGGUAGUUUAGUGCUCUCCCGGCGGCGGGCUGUGCCCCCCCGUGCCGCCGCUCAGGAUCAGGACAAACAGGGUGCUGUGCCCGGGGGAGCCCCGUUUUCUGCUGGGCAGGGGAGGGGGUUUCCGCUCCCCCGUCGUUUCUAUAACUGAUCUCGUAUUUCCGUGGCGGUGCAGUGUGGUUUGGCCCUGCACCGCUCCAGUGUCUGUAAAUCUGUUGUCUGCCAUGAAAACAAUCAUGUUCAGCCA